GAUGAUAUCGUUGUUCCGCUACGCAAAUCACAAUAUCACGUUUCGCAAAUGUUGAGCAUUGCCUAAGCUCGUACUAGUAGACAUCCGCAUUUUUGUGAUAUUUUAUUAUCAUCGUAAGAUAAGACAGACUCAUCUAAACUUAAGCGAUAUGUAUCUUACUGCCGGUGCCGGUUGCAUGGAUGGUUCCAUACCUUCUCGAACUCUAUCUAAUCUGUGCAAUUUUAUCAGAUUAGAAAAUUGGCUGGUGCAAACACAUUCAGAUGGAAAUAACCAGCUUGUGACGUAGUGCACCCUUAUAUUAUAUGGAUACAGCGUCUCCGUCGACAAAAAAAAAAAGAUUAAAUAUAUUAAGAAGCGUCAUAUUUCUCUGUCUACUUCAUCUUCAAUCUAAAAAAUAUUGUUCAUUACGCUAAGCUAACAUUUAUCUAAUAUAAUUUCGUGGAAUAAUACUACAAUCCGAAUAUAUCCGUAUAUAUGCGAGUCAAGCUACGGGCUAAUGGGCCUUUUCUGUACAUUUUUUCAAGCUUUUUUGGGACCCUUACUUCUUUUGUACAUAUUGAAACAUCGAUACCCUAACUAGAACGCAAUGUCUAAAACCAACCCUGUAUAACGACUAACUUAUACGUUUUCAUAAGUGUCUAUAUGUAUAAUAUAUAGUAAUAAUAAUUUAGUGUAUCGCUAAUUACUUUUAUUUUGUCGCAUGUUUCGUACCAGCUCGCAUAAUCUUCUUUCGAUGGAUCGCAUUUUGUUAGAUAAAUUGGUUUCUGUAUUCUCACACUAUUCAAGUGUUACACCUCAACCACUUUGAAAUAUUUCUAUUAAUCAGCAUCUUCCCUUAUUACCGUAGUUUAUAAACCUGACCUCCAUUAGUGUUAUAACGUUCGAAAAGCGCCUUAUUAAUAAGAUUUUCUUCUAACAACCAUUCAUGUUCACCCUUUGCAGAGUUGAGUCUAUGCAGCCCCAACCGUUUCGCGCCCUCCGUUAGUAGCAGACGACACCGUGGGGCCUGCACCCACGAACAACAAACAGCAAAUAUGGCGACCGCCGUCAUUUCCGUAACCCAGCAAUGUGGACGUAACCUAAGCGACGAAUCCUUCGAACGACAACACGCCCCUUAACACUCAUACCAGCAGAACGACUACGAUAUCAGCUGGACUGUAGCUAUAACUUCCACCUCUAAAAACUCAGCAUGAACUACGCAAGCAGUAUGCCCUAAACGGACGCUGCAACACGAAGCGACGAAUAAACCAGGUUCCGAAAGUGGCACGACGACAAAGAACAAUAAAGAACGACGAGAAUACGUGUUAGUCCCUAUUUUAUGGCUUGAACUAGAAGCCUAAAUUACUGUCUGUUGUUUCAGUCUGUUGACUUCGGUGCGCCUGCGUCUGUUCACAGCGUUCGUUCACUGUGUGCGCCUCGCGAUGCCCACAUAAAGAGACGAGCGAAUCAUCACUAUUUAGCGUGAUCGGUACACGGUGACUUGCUGUCCGGGGGUGGCCGCGUCGCCUCCGCUGCUGGCAGAGCGAAUGCUCACGAACGUAUAAGAAAACUGAGGGAAAAGAGAGAGAAAGCGUGGAAUCUAGAAGCGCCACCACUUGGCCUACCCGCCGUUUUUGGUGCGAAAAAGGAACAGCGCGUUUGUCGCAGGCAACGGCAACGCCAGCCGCAGCCGUAAGUGGCAGCUUAGCAGAACAACAGCGACAAGACAAGAAAGACUGGAAAUGAAGGCGCACUUGUUGGGUUUUUACAGUUGUGGAGAUAGUAUUGGUAUCUGUCGCUGACAUUGUGCGCUGGGCAUGUUUGUGUCUAUGUGUAUGUGUGUGUGUGUGUGUGUGUGUGUGUGAGUGUGUGAAUAUGUACGUGUGCUUCCAGAGAGUGGGUAACUCCGGCUGGCCAGGCAGUAACCAUCAACAGCAGAUACGCUAACGGCAACAGAACUAGUGGGUUAAUCGUCGCUAGUCGAUUUGACCUAUUCGACAGACAGACAGACAAAAACAAAAAACGGCAACGCGACCAGGACGGCUGAUUUGGGCUGCGAGCGCUAGUAUAGUCGAGGCUGUCGCGACUUCUUUGAUAGCAGCGGCAGCAGUCGUUCUGUGUGAGUUUGCUCGUCUAGUGUGAUUUCCAUCGUUAUUAUUUAAUAAUACUUAAUAACGCAUAUUUGUUGUAAUAUCGAAGUUGGUGCUAACAACAGGAAUUGAUCCAGGCACUGAACACCAAAGGCAGUAAUAAAUAUACAACGCAUGAGUACACUGGGUAGCCGUGUGCGUGAGAAGUGCGUGUGAUUAUUUUUUUUUUUAAGUAAGCAGGAAAAACUAUUACCAGAGCCUUGUCUCAUACCGUUGAUGAUCUCGUGAGGACGAUACAAGUAACAACUAAAGGGCGCGGUGAUCGUAAGUUGGUUAUAAGAAAUGGCCAAUAGUUGUGCUAUAUGACAAGCAUCAGCUCUAAUAGCUGCAGACGGAAUAGUCCGUCGGAGGUGUGCGUUUUAGUUUGCUAGAUGCGCUGGGCGGAGCAAGUGCAAAGUGAAGAAAUGAGUCAAUGCGUAGUCCGUACUUGGUAGUCGAAAGUCGUGCGCGGUCUCUAGUAGACGGUGGCGUAAAGACCCUAAAUCCGAUCAUAACGGCCGAGUGUCACGAAGUGCCGUUCGAGAUUGAGGCAAAAUCAGAAAGAGGGUAGGCUCAUCUGCCUGCUUCAAUAUGGGAAUAAAGGAUGCCCCCACAUCGGCAAGAACAAUAACAACAACAACGACUGCGGAAUUACCAGCCAUCACAAGGUUGGCAGCGGGUACAAAUCUGAAUGACAACCAAAGCGUACGUCGACAGCAAAGCUACUUAGAAAAACAACGACCCAAGCUCUAUAGCUGGCCACAGAAGAUUAUGUGCUUGGACAGAGAGACGACACUUCAAGAGACCUCGAUAUCUUCUUCCUCAUCAAAUAACGGUGGUCAAUCGCGCACGAUGACUGUGGCAACAUUUCAAAACAACGAAAGCGCAGCUGCAAAAGAUGUCACGAGUUCACGAACACUGGCAUCGUUUCCCAGGAAUAGCGUACUUUCAUCGAUUCGACCCUUGAUAUUUGUGCUUAUGGCAGCUACAUCUGUAACAGGUUCAUGGGCCAUUGAAUGUUACUGCCUGGGCGAGUGUCCGGAACAUUUAGCCAAUAACACAUGCACGAUCGAUCACCCGGAAGCCAUGUGCUACCAUCAUGUAGAGGAGGUAUACAAUGGACUUACUAAAAAAAUGGAGAUACAGAAGAGUUAUGGCUGCCUUGCCGACCAAGCGGCUAUACUCACCUGUAAGGGCCAUUUGACGAAACACAAGGUUCCGAUGAACAUUGAGUGCUGCAAGGGUGCAGAUCUGUGUAACCGAGAUUUGAAAAUCGAUGUGUUCCGUCAUGAAGAGGAUCAUUUAGAGGAAGACUUGUAUACCGAUUACACGCAUUUGGUAAUCUUCGUGCUUGCUUUAACAAUGUGUAGCAUGGUCGCCAGCAUAGUGUACCUGUUCUAUCGGCUGCGUCGUAAAAGGCUGGAAUCGUCGUCUACGGAGAACGAGCAUUUUUUAAGCAACGGAUCAAAAUCGCUACAGGAGUUAAUCGAGUGCAGUAUCACUAGUGGCAGUGGUUCCGGCCUACCGAAGAUGGUCCAGCGUACGAUCGCGCGUCAGAUCGAGUUGAAUUGCUCGAUUGGCAAAGGUCGUUACGGAGAAGUGUUCCGUGCCUCGUGGAAGGGGGAGUACGUUGCCUGUAAGGUGUUCAAUUCAACGGAAGAGGCUUCAUGGUGCCGUGAGACGGAGAUCUAUCAAACGACGCUUCUUCGACACGAUCAUAUACUCGGUUUCAUUGCCGCCGACAUCCGGGGCCAUCGUGGAGUCACCCAACUUUUACUAAUUACGAAUUAUCAUGAAAAUGGCUCUCUGUACGACUACCUAACGAUCAACUGUCUUGACGAGGAGCAAGCCGUCGAAAUGGCGUUCACUGCAUGCAGCGGCCUGUUCUAUUUGCACACGCCGAUUCUUGGCAAGCAGGCGAAACCGGCCAUUGCUCAUCGUGACAUCAAAUCUAAAAAUAUUCUAGUUAAGCGCGACGGCACUUGCUGUAUUGCUGAUUUUGGCCUUGCAGUUCGCGCCGACAUGCAUGCGAACCAGAUCGAUAUCGGCGGGCAAAAUGUUCGCGUCGGAACAAAGCGUUACAUGGCGCCAGAAGUUCUAGAUGAGACGCUGACUACAAGUAAUUUCAAUUCAUACCUUCGCGCCGACAUGUACUCCUUCGGCCUCGUCUUGUGGGAGAUCGCGUCGCGAAUCACACUACCUGGCGUCGAAAAGCCUGAGCCGUACCGUAUACCGUAUCACGACAGCGUACCGGCUGACCCCACUUUUGAUGAAAUGCGUAAAGUCGUAUGCAUCUCCGGUGAUCGGCCGCGUAUACCUGAUGCGUGGAACAAAUGCGAGACAAUGCAGAAUUUAGCCAGCGUCAUCCGCGAGCUGUGGGGUCACGAGCCCCGGUCUCGUCUAACGGUUUUGCGAGCCAAAAAAUCACUAGCCAAAGUCGAGGAUGCGCUAACAACGAAACAGCGCUAUAGUCCAUCUAAUCAGCAGGACAUGCACAUCAUUCCGCCUGUCUAGUAUGAGCUGCACACCGUAGGAAGUAGCAAUUACUUGUGUAAUCUUUAUUUAAAGUAUCCACUUGGAGCACAGCAUCAGAAGCAAUCGUCAGUCGUCAAUGGCGAAACCGUUACGUCGACCUGCGGCGGCCAGCUUUUGCGAUCAGCAUCAAAUGCCGCUGGCCAAACCCUCAACCCUUUUGACUCACCCAAUCGCCAGUCAACCUCGUGCCUUGUACGCAACGGCGAGGAUCACGUUGAACCUGGAACCUCGGCGUCAUGUAUGCCAGCAGGCCUCGUGUCAAAGGAAGAACGGCGUGGUCGGCGAGCACGAAGGAUGAUCAAAAUGACGAAGCGCAAAGAGAAAAUCAAGCCUUGUUAAUGCCGGUGCUUGCUCGAUAGCUGGUUGCUCUUGGACGAGCAUCAGACGCCCUGCGGACUGACGGUAUCGAUGGCGAG